AAAAUACGAGGUGUGACAAUAAAAUAACGAGACUUUUUAAAUAUAACCUAAACUAUUAACGUUAUCUAUAAAACGAUUAUUGAAAUAUGAUUAGGAAACACUUAUAUAAAAGUACAAUAAACACUGAUGAAAUCGAUUAAUUUUCUUAUACGUUAGUAACCUUGUUAUUAGUGCGAAUUCGACUAUACUGCCGAAAAAUGUUAGAUAUAAAAAUCGAACAACGUGUUAACAUUAAAUUUCUUGUUAAAUUAAAAAAAACUGCCGCGGAAUUAUUUCGUAUGUUAUGUGAAGUUUAUGGUGAAGAAUGUUUAUCAAGAGCUCGCGUUUUUGAAUGGCACAAACGGUAUUGCAAUGAAAGAGAGUACGUGGAAGACGAUGAUCGUUCUGGACGUCCUAUCACAUGUUCAACAAACGAAAACGUUGAAAAAAUCGACAAAAUUAUCCGGCAAGAGCGUCGAUUUAGUGUUAGAGCUGUAGCAGAGAUGGUAAAUAUAGAUAGAGAAAGUGUUCGUAAAAUUUUAGUUGAAAAUUUAAAUAUGAAAAAAGUGUGUGUUAAAAUGAUCCUUAAAAAUUUGACGAUUGAUCAAAAAUUCAAUCGCAAAGAAAUUUGUUCUGACACCUUAAAAAUCAUCAAAGAUGAUCUAUCUUUUAUAAAUAAUAUCAUUACGUGUGAUGAAACGUGGAUUUUUACAUAUGACCCUGAAACUAAAAGGCAAUCCAUGCAUUGGAAGACACCAAGUUACCCAAGAAUGAAGAAAGCACGAAUGAGCAACUCGAAAUUCAAAGCAAUGCUCAUUGUUUUCUUUGACAUUAAGGGAAUAAUUUUUGUUGAAUGAGUUCCUAAUAAGCAAACUAUCAACCAAUAUUAUUAUAAAGAUGUAUUAAUUAAAUUAAGAGAUUGUGUUAAAAAAAAGCGACCAGAU